UUCAGCCACUUUUGUUUUAAUAUUUUACACCUGCAAAACAGAAGAAAAAAAAUGCUUCUGGAGCGCGAGGACAGCUUUAUGUCGGAGUUUGAGGACGCGUGCAGCGCCUGGGUGGACAGUGUGGGCUCGAGCCCCAGCGACGGAGCGGACUCAGACGUGGGAUCACCUUUCUGCCAAGUUUUCUCUCCGGGAACUGACGCCUCUGACUCAGAUUUCUUCUCCGACUUCAGCGACUGCUCCUCGGACACGCUCUCCCCUUCCCUCGGUUACAGCGGCAGCUUCUUCACGGAGCCGGAGGCGCCACCGGCGGGGGCAGCGGGACUGAGCAGCACCGCAGACGCGAUUCUCAACAUGAUCACGGAGAUCGUCGGAAUCUGCACAGAGAUGGAGCAGCAGCAGCCCACCACCUCUUCCUCCUCCUCCUCCCCGCCAGCAGCCGCCACCUUCGCUCCAGCAACCGUCACGGACAUCCCUCCCCUGCCUGCUGCAGCCCAGCAGCUUCCCUCCACCUCCGCUUCCCUCCCAGCUGUGGUGAAGAGCGAGUUUGUUACUUCCAGCUGCAACAGCGGGUGUGCGCAACUCUCCACAGCUGGGAAUGAUGCCCUGUACCCGGCCAGCGCUGACUCACUGCUCCCGCUGUCAGCUCUGGAGCAACAGGUGGAUGUGGCGGAUUUAAUAGACUCCCUGCUGAACUCCGACGCCGCGCAGGGCGAACUGAAGCCUGUCUGCGAGGUGAAGCAAGAGCCGCUGGGGCUGGAGGACUGGCUGAAGAGCUUGUCCACUGCUCCCGUUACUGGGGGAGAUUCCAGCAGCUACGUCAUCAGCAGACCGGUGAUAAAGACGGAGCUCGUGCAGAGCGGGAACGACCUCCACUGCACCCCCUCUUCCCUCCCCUCCACCCUCGACUCUCAGCUGCUCUCCUCCCUCCUGCAGGGCGUGUUCCCGAUAGUCAACAUUGGCAGCGUGCAUGCGACAGGAGCCCCCAAACUGUCACGUGGAGGGAGGAGAGCGCCCGCAAAGAACGGCCUGAAGGCGAAACCGUUCCCGUGCUCCGUGCAGGGGUGCGAGCGCCGCUUCUCGCGCUCCGACGAGCUCAACAGGCACGUGCGCAUCCACACGGGACAGAAACCUUUCCAGUGCACCAUCUGCGCGCGCAGCUUCAGCCGCAGCGACCACCUGACCACCCACACGCGCACGCACACCGGGGAAAAGCCCUUCUCCUGUGACGUCUGCGGCAAGCGGUUCGCGCGCAGCGACGAAAGGAAGAGGCACGGGCGCGUGCACGUCAAGCAGCAGCUGCGCGCUCAGAUGAUGGCCGCCUACUCCCUGGCCCUGAACGCGCCUGGCGUCUAAACAGCAGCGCCCGCUCAACGUGGAAGAUUUCAAAGCUUCGGGAUUUGAACCGUCAACCGGAAAGCGUCUGAGACACGUUUCCAUGUGACGUCACACUGAAGGCGAUUUUAGCUGAACCCGGAGGAGGACAUGGCAGGUGUUUACAGGUGUUCAGGGGACUGAAGUCCAAAUUUUGGUUCCUCUCAGGGCGCAUCCGUGAGCGCGGUCCUACAGCUGGACUGUGAGCAGACCCGGACACGAGUCGGAAGUGCCCAGGUGCUGCUCCUGUGACGUGUUUCCUGCCUACCCUGCGGACUGUGGUGGACUUUAAAGGAGCAGUCCGUCUGACUGAUGGACGGAUUUUCCUGUAAAAUAUUAAUUUGUGACUUUUCUGCAUGAGGACGUGAAGAAAUGUCGACGUCAGAAUGUCGUGUUUGUUUUGACUGCUAUUUUUAUGUGAACAUCUUUAUAUUUGAGGAGUUCUAUGUUUGUAAGAUAGCUCUAUUUUUCUAGAUGGCUCGUCUACCUCUUCGUGUUUACAAUCAAAGUGUAUAUAUUUCUAAAGAUGAAUGUGCUGCGAUGUCACUUUUUCUAUGAGACCGAUUGUAAAAUCCCUCUGAAUGAACUUGAUUUUCCCUCCUCACAUUCGGGUGCAGGUUUGAGCUGCACCGGUGCAUUGUGGUAUUUGUAGUGUGACGGUGAAAGAAGAAAAAAAAAAACAACAAACACACCAGCUCAGUGAGAGCUGAGCUCCAAGUAGCACACAUGGCUGUGCAGGUUUACUGUUCCCUCGUUCUGCAUGGAGGCUGCUGUCGCUGUCAAUAAACAAACAAACAAACAAA